AUUUAACUGAACCAUUCGGUUUCGUCCCGUUUCCUUAGUUCACUUCUCUCGUCUAUCCCCAGUCGUCGCCGAUUCUCUCUUACCGGUGUCAACUCGCUCCACCGUCGGUAAGUUCCACGAGAACCAAAUAAGGUUUCCAAUCUCAAUCCAAUUCCAAAUCAAUUUCGAUUCUCGUAGAACUAGUCCAGUGAAUCAGUUUUGCUAUUCAUACUCUGUUCUCUUAUGAACUAAGAUUACUAUCUUCAAUUCAUAGAUUAGGGACACACUUUGCAUAGGUUUUGGUGAAUUAGCCUGAAAUGUUGUUUAGUUUUCGAAUUGAAGUAAUUGAAUAGAUGCCUAGAAGGCCAUCAGGGAGAAGAAGAUUGUCAAAGUAUAAACCUUUAGCAUUUUCAUCGUUUAUACGUUCUCUUGCCUUUGCUUCAACGGCUAGACGUAAAUUGCCUCUUCCGGAUAUGUCUUUUGAUGAAAAGUUCCAUAAUUUGUCUAAGAAAGGGAAAGAGAAAUCAUCGUUGGAAUCCUCUGAUGAAGAAGACUCUCAGGGAGAUGUCCAAGCAGGUUUUGUGGAUUUGAUACUGAAUCAAACAGCGUUAGGAACUGUGGUAAAAGUAGCAGAUGAUGAGGAUGAGGCAUUAUUUGCUCUUAUCACUGCUCUUAACUUGGCAAGAUACAAGGAGAAUAAGUGCUUUAGAGAGCUAAAAGAGUUUCUUCUUAAAGUUUGUUCGGAGAAGAAUGUAGCGAGUGAUCUAGAACUACUCUUAGAGAAAAAGGCCAAAGAUGUUGGUUUAUUGGUCUCUCAAAGAGUGAUGAAUCUUCCUCUACAACUCCUUCCUCCACUAUAUGAUGGAUUGUUCGACGAAGUCUCAUGGGCCACUGAAGACGAGCCUACAGAAGAGCUUCGAGGGUCAUUCCGCUUCAAGUCAUAUAUUCUAAUCGCUAAGAUCUACAAGGUAAGUGUUCUGGUAAGGUUAUUUUUUCCGGUUCUCGAAUUCUCUUUCUUGUUUCAACAAUGUCGUGGUGAAGAAGAGAACGAGGAACAAUAUAACUUAAGCCUGAAGAUGAAAUUUUUCUCGAGCUUAGCUCUUGGUCAUUCAUAUUACCUAUGUACUCGCAGCUUGUUACAUCUCAAGAGGUUUGUAAUCUUUGGUUAUAAUGGCGAUUGGCGAAUCUAGUAGUUGAAGAAUUGUCAGUGCUGGUCGUGGAGACACAAAAGAUUCCUGAAUUCAGAAAGAAGUUGAAGUCUCUCAUUGACGAACAAUAAUGAACAUCUCUUCUUCUUAAAGAUUCAGCUCACCGGUCAGUUGUUAUAGAUCUCUGCCAGUUUUGAUGAGGUUAUUACAGUGCUAUUUUUUGUCAUUCUCAGGCUUUCUUCCCCUGCAUAUUAGUGGAACUGAAACAUUGGUCUACUACCUUUUCUUUUUUUUUGCUCAAGGGUUUAUAUGAAACAGUGUGAAAUGCUAUCAAUGAUUCUUAAUUGUAAGUGUUGAAGUUUAGUUAGAAACA